AUGUUUGUAGGUUCUGGAAGAAUCUACAGCAUCUCAAAGAUCAGCUCUGAUCACAGUGAAGAAUACAAGUGUAGAUCCAUAAAUGAAUAUGGAGAGGAAUACUCUGCUGCUGUGACUUUACAUGUCAUGUACCCUCCCAGGAAUGUCUCAGUGUCUAUAAAUGGAUCUGGUGUAAUAGUGGAGGGAGAUUCAGUGACUCUGAUCUGCAGCAGUGAUUCAAACCCUCCUGCUCUGAACUUCAGCUGGUUUAAGGAGACUCAAAGCUCAGCUGUUGGAUCUGGACAGAGUUUCAGUGCACUACAGAGUGGACGCUUCUACUGUGAGGCUCACAAUCAACAUGGAUCUCAGAGAUCAGACGCUGUUACUGUCACUGUUAAAGGACGUCUGGGAAUAUUGUACAUAUCUGUUGGUGUCAUUUGUGGAGCUGCAGUUAUCAUAACAAUGCUUAUUUGGAGAAGCAGGAUGAAAAAGAGAAAAAAACACACUUGAUACUCAGGUGA